UUUCUCACUAUAUAUCCACACGCAACAACUAGGGGGGCUAUGCAUAUUGAAUAUUCUGUCUGACUCAGAAAUUCCACAAUCAAUAAGGUGAAAUUAAUUGCCACUUCUUUGAUCUCGUGUCCUUUUUUCUGAUAUAACAGAUCAAGCUAGCUGAAGAAGCUGGAAAUGGUUCCAAGGUCACUAGUACCACCACCUCCUCCACUUCCCAAAUUCUCAAGACCAAAAGCAGAAGAGAGUGUCACAAACCGAGAAAUUGCCAAGUUUUGGAGGCAAAAGAGGAUCGUGGAGGAGGACCACCUCCUUGCUGCUAUCAAAGCUGCAGCUAGACUCCGUGCACGCACUCUCACGGAGCAAGAGUACGAGAGGUUCGAGUUGUCCCUGAAGACCGAUAAUGACAAUGAUGAAACCAAGAAAGAGAUGGUGAGAUGGAUUGUAGGGAAAAAUGUUUAUUGCAAAACAGUUGCUAAGGACCAACAAGAAGUGCGCAUCGGAAUCAAGGAUUGGUGGACAAAAAGUAAAUACGCGUAUUUGAAUCAACCAGCCAUAGAUUCCAUGGAUCCUCCUAAGAAACGAACCUCUACUUAUGUUCCCAGUUUUCUUUCUUACCAGCCCAAGCCUUUGUAUCCUUCUGCUAUUGGUGUACAUCUUUUAAGCCACAGGAGGCAUUCCAUUGCUGCUUGUUAAUUAAUAAUUAUCUAUCUUGAAUUCCUGCUACUUUCUACCUACGUCCUAAUUUCAUCGUCAUUCUUUUUCUUUUAUUUUGGUGGGGGAGGGUUGUCCAAUGUUUCAUUUGUCAUUCAAAUGUGUGUCCAUGUCCUUUUAUAUAAGUAUUGCUGGACAUUCUAAAUAACAUGCGAGUAUUUUGUAAUUUGUAUUUGUCAUUGAUCAUUGUUCCGUUUCCAGGUUAUUUAUCAGUGUUGACAGGAUUGUUGAACAUUAAAA